CGGCGACUGGGCUCCCGAAAGGUUGCGGGCGGCGGCAGCGCCAAGGCUAGGCGCCGCAGUCGCCGGACGGCAGCCGGGCACAAAAUAGCCGGGCCCGGUGCGAUGUCGCGGCGGCGGGUUUUUCGAAGUGCCGAGGCGGCCGGGCGGGCUCUAGGGUUCGGGCGGUACCACAGCAGCCCACGGCGGCGGCCUCUUCGUCUCACCCGCGCGAUUCCUGGCCUCCCUUUUCCGUUGUGGCGCGAAAUAUAUCAUCUACACCGCAGAAGAAUUGCCGUGUAUGUUUUUGGGCGGACAUGCACCGAUGUGGGCCAAGGAAGUAUCCAUUUCUAUGAGAUGCGGCUCAUAGGGUUGGGGCAGCCCGGGCGCCAGAUGAAGAACGUGCUAUCGCAAGAAAAAGCGCGGCGCCCGGGCGCGCUGCCCUGUUUUGCUGCUGCCGGCGUGCGCGUAUCUUCGGCUGCCCGGCACAUUGCGGGGCUUUGGGUUCCUGGGCUUUGCCGGCCACUGAGCAGCAUGGCCGCCCGCAGUGAGGCAGGUGAAUACGCGGGGGCGCGCCAUCGAAGCCGGGCGCUUCCAUCAUUCAGGCCGGAGGGGGGAGCGAUCGCGCGGCCGCGACCCGUCGCCCCGGGCAAUCGCGAGCGUUCGCGUCUUGGUAUCGUUGUCGGCCGAGGAUCCAGAUGGCCCACGGCAAGACGCCGAGAGCGCGGCCCAUUCGGGGCGUUGUGGCCUGGUGUUGUGCAGCUCGUCCGAAGUCGCUUUCCUUCGAUGAGGGUAGCAGCACUCGGUCGAGUUCCAGCCCCCCCCGCUGCAGCUCCGCACAGGAGGGCCAUCCAUUCGCACAAAGCUGCGCCGCCCGGCUAGUGGCGCCCGCAGGCGCCGCAAGCAAUCCCACAGGUGGCGCCCCCGCGCCCGCACUUGUUUGCAAAGGGCCGCAGCGCUUUGAGUGCUCGCGAGCCCCGGCAGCGAGCCAAAGCAGGGCGCCGCGCGCGGAGGCGGGGGCGGGGCCCCGCGUUCCGGAAGUUGCCCC